ACCAUCCGUGUAUACUGUGUAUGUUUAGGUUAUUUAAUACGUGUAUAUUUCUGUAUGUUGCCCAAUUUAAAAUCUAAUUUAGUGAAUUGACAAUUAACAGGAUGUCUCAUAUUAAGAAUGAGGAGGUGUGGAGAUUUGUAUUAGCUGGUACUUCGUGCAUGUUAGCAGCCUCAGUAACAAAUCCUAUAGAUGUUAUUAAAAUCCGUAUGCAACUAGAGAAUGAAAUGGCAGAACAAAAAGGUCUGAGCCACCUAAAAGGACGUUACUACAAUGGCUGGGUGAAAGGAUGUGCAACCAUUGUAAAAGAUGAGGGAAUAGCUGGUCUUUACAAGGGGGUAGUACCAUCUCUGAUGAGGGAAGGUUCAUACAGUACAAUUAGACUGGGUGCCUAUGAACCAUUGAAGAAAAUGUUUGGAGCAACAGACCCCGCCCAUACCCCACUCUGGAAAAAGAUAUGUUCUGGUGCUAUUUCAGGUGCUAUUGGUAGCUCUAUAGCGACACCCACAGACCUUGUUAAAGUAAGAAUGCAGGCUGAAGGCAAGCUUGCUGAAGGAGAAAAGAAACGAUAUGCAACAACUUUCAGUGCCUUCAGGGAAAUAUUUCGCGAGGGUGGAGUCCAUGCUAUGUAUGUAGGAGUAGGUCCCACAGUCAAAAGGGCUGCUAUUCUUACUGCAACACAAAUUCCAGCAUAUGAUCACUCGAAACAUGUGAUACUAAAUGCAGGACUAAUGAGUGAGGGAAUUCCCCUGCAUGUGACAGCCUCUAUGAUAGCAGGUUUCUGUACAGCCUGCACCACCUCACCUGUAGAUGUAGUCAAAACAAGAGUCAUGAACCAGUGCCAAAUAACGAAACCAUAUAAGUCCGCUUUUGAUUGUUUUAGCAAAACAAUUCGUGCCGAGGGUCCACUAGGGCUGUACAAGGGAUUUAUACCAAAUUGGAUGAGGAUAGGGCCUCACACUAUAGUGACUUUCUUUGUAUUUGAACAACUUCGGAAACUUAUAGGAAUGGUCCCAGUGUAGCUUGUAUAUUCUUGUGACAACAACCUGCCGGUUACUAUGGCAACAUUUCAGUGUCAAUAACAAACCAGUUGGUACACCAUACAAUCUGACCGGACAAUAUAACAUUGGCUGCUCAACUCAAGUUAUUUUAUCAUUUUGGUUUUAAUUUUCCCUCGAAGUAACAGUGGACUGAUCCAGAUUCAAAAGUGGAUGAGUUCAUUGUAUAUUUUGAAGGGACAGUAGUAUAAUGAAUGAAAUAGGAGAGGAUAAUCUUAAAUGUUAUACAAUGUUGUUGUUGUUUUUUUAUAUCAGUUUAUGUCAUACAUGUAUAUACACAUAUCUGUGAAUAUUGUUGUAUUAUUCGAAUUUUUAUACUUAUAGUUGCUGUUUACUUCUUUACAAGCUCAAAUUAUAUAUACAUGAAAUCUGUGCAUUAAUUUCAAACAAAAUAUAUUUUGUAAACAAAACAAUACUCAUCUUUAUUGUCUAAUUUUGAUAUCAGAUGUUGGAGACAAAAUACUACAGUCUUGCCAAUGCAACUUGAAUUUGUUUAGACAUGAAUGAGCUAUAGGUUUAUGUUUUACAGCUACAUUUAAAACAAAUUGGGUAUAUUCUAUUUAACAUGAUAAUUUCUAAUGUUCAAAUGUUUUUAUUUAGCUUAUUUUUCUCAUUAAACAUUUAAGAUAUUCUCUUGAAACUUAAUGAUUUUAUUUGUCUGUGAUCAUAAUUGUAAAUCACAUUCAAAGACCCAUAACCUCAGCAUGGUAUCGACUGAAUUAUGACUCUUUAUAAACUUGAAAGAUUCAAGGUGAAGUUUUUUUGCGUGCAAGUACAUGUAAUUAUCUUUUCAUUUACUAAUGUUUUAUAUCAUUUUUAACCUCACACAUUUAUAUUUGAAUCUUAAGACAUUUAAAUUCUUAUUUUUAUAAUUGUGGUUUUGAUUUUAUACUUUUACAAUAUUUCAAGUUGUUUAUCUAAUUUUUUGUGUGUUAAUUUUAUUGAUGUUAAUUUUAUACACUAACGGGGCAAUGUGAACUUUACUUUAUUAUAUAUGUUUUCAAUUUCAUCUCAUGCAGUGAUAUUGUUUUCAUGCUCGUUUAUUUACAUACUAAUAUUGCAUUGUACUUUUGAAAUCUUGCUUAGCACUUACACAUACUUUAAUGAGUUUGAGUUCGAAUCUUGUUUUUUUGAUACAGUGUUACUUCUGAAUUCCGGAAAUUCUAAAAUUAUGGAAGCUUCUGAAAUCCAAACAAUUUUCAGGGUCCAAAUAACUUCCAAAUUCUUUUUGGCUAGUCCCACAGGUGCUCAGUUUUCAAAAGUUACACUGUACUUUAUUUCUAUAUAAUAUGAUAAUUUUACUAGGCAUUUAAUCAAUAUUUGGUAACAAUUUUGUUGUUAAAUUUUCUGAUUUUGUUAUACUGAACUUGAUUUCUACGUGCU